AUGGCGCCAAAUACUUUUUUAGAGCUAUGUAAGGUACUCGGUGCAAGUAACUUGUUGCGUUCUACGGUAAAUGUUUCUGUUAGGGAGCAAGUUUUGGUAUUUUGCCAUAUCAUUGGACAUAAUGUGAGGUUUAGAGUCAUUGGGGGAAGAUUCCAUAGAUCAAUAGACACCGUGCAUAGGUAUUUCAAAAUUGUCUUGCAAGCGAUUUUGAAAUUAUACAAGCAUGUGGUCAAAGAAUCAAGCAAUUCCACUCCUCCUGAGAUAAGUAGCAGUCGAAGGUUUUAUCCAUAUUUUAAGGAUUGUAUCGGAGCAAUAGAUGGAACUCAUGUACGUGCAUCAGUUCCUCUUGAAAUUCAAGGAAGAUUUCGUGGUCGAAAGGAUGGAACAACACAAAAUGUAUUAGCUGCUGUUACAUUUGACUUAAGAUUUUCUUAUGUCUUAGCUGGUUGGGAGGGGACUGCACAUGAUUCACGUAUUUUAUCUGAUGCACUUUCAAAGCCGGAUGGAUUGAACGUUCCUCGAGGAAAAUAUUAUCUUGCUGAUGCUGGUUAUGGAAUCCAAAAUGGCAUCCUCUCUCCCUAUCGUGGUGUUAGAUACCAUUUGAAGGAGUUUAGCGAUCACCCACCUGAAAAUGAGAAGGAACUAUUCAAUCUCCGCCAUUCAUCUCUAAGAACUACUGUCGAAAGAGCGUUUGGAGUUUUAAAGAAACGUUUUCGAGUGCUGGAUUCUGAACCUUUUUGUUGUUACGUAGUUAUCAUGAUGGGUAAAAGUAAGGCAAAUGAUGAGAAGAUCAAGCAAUUUAGAUGGUCUAAGCCUAUGGAACGUGUUUUACUUGAAAUUCUUGCCGAUGAAGCUAGUAAAGGAAACAAGCCUUCGAGCGCAUUCAAACCCUCUUCAAUUGCUCGAGUUGUCGAUGCAAUAAGUGAGAGGUUUGGCGUUCAUUGUCAGCCCGAACAUGUUGAGAACCAUUUGAAGACAAUGAAAAGCAAUUGGAAGACGAUUCAAAUGAUACGUGGCAAGAGUGGAUUCAAUUGGGAUGACAAUUUGAAGAUGAUCAUAGCUGGAAAAAAGGAAUAUGAUGAAUAUGUGACGGUAAUUUUUCUUUGCAACUUUUCAUUUGUUUGA